AUGGGUGGUCUGUUAGACCGCCUCCGUGGUCGUCCACGUCUACAGCCAGCUAGACUGAAAGCAGUUUGGAAUAUACACAUAAAAUCACACGACGAAUACUUCUUCAAGGUUCUUCUAAAAGUGAUGAGUCGUGACGAAGGGAUGAAUGAAAUACUUUCACCAAAGGACCAUGCUAAUAGCGAAGGAGAAAGAGAAUUUGUGCUAAAACUUCUAGCUGAAAGGAUUGCUGGAUUCUUUUAUUCUCUCAUGCAGGACGAAGUGUUGAACAAUCCACACGAGCUGAAAAAGCAGUGCUACGCCCUUGGCAGGCAACAUUCCGCAUAUAGCAAGGAGCCUUUCAAAUUGACUUACUGGGAUACUUUUACACUGGCAUUGCUUGAAGAAUUGGAGUCACGAGGUGGUACACCGCGUGAGGAAUUACGCGCUUGGCAAGCGCUUCUUCAUAUUAUCAACGAAAAUAUGUUGGCUGGUUAUCUAGACGCUAGAAGUUCUAUGAGGAAAGACUGA